UUUCUGUGUAUUCAUUUACUAUUAUGUAGUCUUUCAGGUUAGAUCAAUAUUUUAACCAUAAGUCGAGCGUCUUCAUCCCUUGACAAACAUAUUUUUGUUGUCCUAUCUCCUCUCCUCAUAUCACCUUAUCCCAAGCCUGCAACCACUGCACGUCCCAGAAGCCCACUUGACGCUCAAAUCAUCCAAAAGCGAGCCUCGCAGAGGACAACGCGUGGGAUGUUGCGAUAACUGGAUUUCUUAGUGACCACCGCAUAAUAUCCGCGGCCAUGGAUAGCGAUUCCGAUCCUUUCGACGAGACAAACAUCUCCUCCCCCGAUCCCCUCGCCCUUUCCCCUUCCAUAUCAUCGCCGCUUAAACGCGUGUCUGCGUCCAGGACACGCGCACAGCCCUUGAGGUCAGGCACUGGAAAUGCGGGAAGAUCAUCGACCACUUUCCAACUUCCCCUGGACAACCACGGCGCGUCGCCUUCGAAAUCGAUCUUUCUUUCGACAGGCGCAACAUCGGGUUCCAGUCCCUGGAAGAUCAAGGUUACGGUUGAGGCUGAACCGCGAGAGGAUGAGAAUGAUGAGAACUUGGAAAGCCCGACCCGGAAAGCUAGAAUCAAGAAGACGAGUGUGGCGGUGCCUCUACGCGAUGAGGGCGUUCCGUCUCCGGCGAAACGAAGGGGCAGAGGGCGAAAAUCAGAAGCGGGAAGCAUACCGAAGAAGAGGAACGGGACGCCAGCGAAAAGACGUCAAUCCCGCAAGAAUAGCGGAGGGGAAGACAACGACAUUUUCACACUGAAUGAAGAUCAGGUGGCUGUCCGCCGCCGAGGCCGAAGGAAAGCGACUGCCCCAGUAGAGUUGGACCCGGAUGAUUACGAGCAAGAUCUGGCAAGAAGUCCAGACACUCCGCCUUUGAGCAAUACCGAAGACCCUAUUCCUAGCCCAUUCCUUUCGGAUUCGCCUGGGGAACCUCGGGACGUAGAGAGCAUGAGCGUGGUGAAGCCGCUGUCACAACUGCUGCUUGAAACCGACCAACCCGAGUCGUCACUUUCUUCCAUUGGUACAGCCACUAGUGACUGCAGCAUGCUUUCAGCUAUUGCACGGGGAUCUCAAAAUACCAGAGUACGAGAAUCUGCAAAGACGAAGAAUCCCACUCUCCUGGAUGUGCCAAGGGCCGCUCUUCGCCCGGCACCUGGUGUUCGGCGAAGGAUUGAUUUCAAUGCCCUACCAGCAGCCGACUCACGAACCCCCGACCGAUCAAGCACCGACGUGGAUCUGAGUUCCGACUUAGCACAGCCUUCGAGUCCUGAGCUGGACGCGAGCCAUGCUAGAUCCCCCGCUGGCCUGAUGAAGGAGGGAAAUUCGACGAUGCAGUCAGUAAAAGAGAUUGAGCCAUUACCCUCCUGUCUAAGACUAGACUCCGUGGAACGUGCAAAGCGCAAGAAACCUCUUCUUAUGGAAUCUAUUGAUGGGAAAGACUCUGCACGUGGGGAUUCCCUUGUUUCAUACCCCGAGAAUGAGAAUCUUCUCAGUACUCAACAACUUGACGAUGAUGACAUUGAGGAACAAGAUUUCACGCAUAUUGGUGAGCAGACGAUGCUCGAAAGCGAAGACAUGACCAUGGUCACAAUCGACUCCCUUCCAAGUAUGCGAGCUGCAGAGGAUGCAGAGCAUCAAACCAUACAUCCCGUCCUGGAGACCGAAUUUGCUGGCGACACCUGUGCUUCUAGUCCUGUACCCGCUGCAGAUAUUGAAGAUGAAGGAAGCUACAUUCCAACUCCUGAUCCAACGGAAUCUGACUUCUCAGAUAUGGUUGCGAUCCAAAAGUCCCCUCUUCUUAGCUAUGCAAACAGAACACCUCUGGCUCCCAUUUCACCGGCCGCUUCAAAUCCGCCUCCCGUUGUUGUCCCAGCUAUUGUUGAGCCACAAAAUACUACACCGAAGUUGUCUCGUGCUGUUAAGGCAGGAAUUGCACUUCAAGGAGUUGUAGAUACCAAUACUCGCACCCCCCCAAAGAAGGCAAGCGUGCUGAAAGACCGGGUUGAUUUGUUCAGUCCAUUCGGUGAAGACUCUCAACGAGGCCUGAGAGAGGCAUUGCGUCUUGGGGAAGAGUUGGCUAAGAAAGAAGAGUCAAACUUGCGAGACGAGAUCUCGCCCCUUGCUGGACGAGGCCGCGACGAUCAGUCGAACAAUGAUGCCUUGACAGCACCGCUCGCUCCAAGGCAGCGGCAGAUACCACCGCAUCGCGCUCCGCCGGAGCUACAAUCAGAGGAUAAGAGUAGCGGUGAGGUGACUUAUCCGUCUCUCCGCAAGCAAAUAUCACCGUCGCAUCUUAUCAGCCCGGUUCAAUCAGAACUUGAUGAGAUGGAUUGGCGGGCGGACACACCUCCCGGUACCAUCAACGCUCCUCCUCAAACAUCCACAGAUGCUCAAGCGAGGCAGGUUCAUCACACCAUCGGAGACGGACAUGGCCAUCAUAGUGUGGUUGAGGAUGCCAGCGUGCAUUCCCUGCCUGCCAACCCAACCCCAGAUGCUGAAGAAGGCACCAGCCGUGACAUACAGGAAGACAUUGGAGGAGAUAUUUGGGAAGAGGAAGCUAGUCGUUCAUCUGAUAUAUCUUCCCCCAUCUCCUCUCAAGAACCGGACCCGAACAUCGGCGUCGUGCCAAUCGUUCAAGAUCCUUCCAUUUUCAAGCCUCGCCGGAGCCGGUUGCCCAGGACGUGGAGACGAGUCAGUGCCACCGACUUUUCGUACGCCGACGAAUCAGCGGAGGACCAGAGCUCAAUAUACCCUGUCUUAAGCGAACCGUCUCAGAUCGACGUCUCGUUGCCCUCCGUCCCUGAAACCGCAGCACUACCCGUUGAAGACACCCACUCUAGGCUGGGGUCAUCGAUGGUGAACAAACAGGUUAGAAGUGAAGAUAAUGAGUUCUCUCUUUCAAAACCUGAUGACAGUUCCUUUCUGCUGGGUCGCUCAACUCAAUCCAAGCCAUCCCAGUACGAGGGUCCAGGGGAGGACACCCUAAUUUCUGAGUUGUUCCACAAUUACCAUCCAGUCGCUUCAAGUCCCCCGGUUGUCUCUAUUGCACGAGGCGAGACGGAAAAGCAAUCAACCAUUCCAACUGUCUCCGCUCCCACAUCCGGCUCUUCGAAGGUAAACGUCGCGGACAAAGUUAUUCCACAGUCAUCCCUACUCCAACCGCCAUCUGUGAGGAACAAUCCUCGAGGAAGUAUUCCAGUGCGAGGUAGCCCUCUAAAGCAGCAGGUUGUGUUCACGUCUUCUCCACCAAGACCUUCUUCACCCCUUCAGUCGCGAGAAAUCCAGGAGCAGUCAAAGCUCGACGGAUACUUUCUGGAUUACUCCGACUUGUCUACUGUCGAUGAGAGUAGUCAUUUGGUGUUUGAGGCUUCAAAUCACUCGAGCAUUGAAGACACCCCUUCUCCUUUCAGCGAGCGAUCAAGAGAACAGACGAGUUCCCAACUCUUAGAGGAUUCAAUCGGUUCUAAUGAACUAUCCCAUUCAGAUGUCCGCCAGUUGCGAAACGAGAUGCUCAAACAUUGUCCGGUUUCUAAUGAGGAUGACGACGCGUCUAGCUCACAGUUGACACCGGAGUCCGGUACAAGUCGAACUAGUUUGGAGGACGACUACAGCGAGGACGAAAUCGUAGCGGUCGAUGGCCGUACUGAGGAUAUUUCUCGUACUCUAGGCGAGGUGUCAACAUUGAUUUCAGAAUCGGGGGCUGAUACCAGUAGCGGAUACAUGAGCACAAGCCAGGAGCUUGAUUCAACAUCCAGAGUGAGCUACAAAGAAGUCCAGAAUACCUUUACGAUUCCCCUCAGAGCCGCAGCUUCCUCCGCGGACGUGUCCCUGGAGAGUGAGAGUUCCGAGGCCUGCAACACUCCUCUGGAAGUAAGCGAAACAGAUCCGUCUACAAGUCUCAGCAAACACAACCACUAUUCAAGAGCAAUAGAUAUGACUUUGCCGGCACAAUCCGGUCUAAUCGGCCGGAUGACAGGAGGUGUGCUCAAUGCUCUCGCCCUUACUAGCCCUGACCAUCCCGGGCACCCCCUUUUAAGAAAGAAUUGUCUAUUACCACGGUUGGAACCAUGGACUCGCACACACUACGUCCAGAUGGAUAUAAUCUAUCGGCUAUACAAGAAAAACGAAGAUGUGUUCGAGCCGGGAGCCCCAUGGAACGUGGGCAUAUUCGAGGGUACCGACUUCCUCCGUUUCGAUGAAAUCGAAUACUUCAACUGGGGUUACUAUUUCAAGUUGAAACCAGGCCACAUUGUCAUCGCAGCCCUCUUCUACAAGCUCCUCAAGCUCAAAGACAUCAAUGCCUGGGAAGCAUUAUACAAGAAACCGAUUGACGAUGCGCUCUAUGAGCCCCAUACCGGGCAGAACAUCGAUGACUGGACGAUCAUGCUAAAGCUUCUCGCUGUCAUUGUUGGCGAGUUCGUUCGGAAAGAUAAAGCGGAUGGAUAUAUCAUUGACAUGAGCGAGGACCAGCAACGUUGGAGACUCAAAGGAGAGAAGAAGUGGAUAUUGGGCGGGGGCUACAAGAGCCGGACGUCGAUUUGGGGCUACCGCCGUGUGUUUGAGACUAUGCCUUAUCAAAGGCGCAUUUCUCCUGAGGAGGAGACCGCUAGUCGCGCUAAGGUGCGAAAGGCACACACGAAAGCCGCCGUGUAGGUUGGGGGAUUUUCCUUUCCCAUGACCACUGUUUAUGAACGGUUGACGACUGCAUUGGAUUGUUGAUACCCUGCCGUAAGAUACGGCAUAACGAAAUUUUCUG